UUCCCUUCUACUACAGAGCUUUCAAUAUCGGGUAAGCUUCCUUUGUUGUUGCUGUCUCUGGUAUCCCAUAAUGCUUUGCAAACCGCGUCUGUGUGCAGCCAAUCAGGUGCGCCGCUUCGGACUCAAGCAGCCAAUCAAAUGCUGAGACCUGAAUACUUAAUCAAGCGUCCAUCCUCAUUCUUUCUUCUCGCUAGGAAAACAAGUGCUUAUAAUUUACACGAGGCACACAAAACACAAGCUAUGGAGGACCUUCAAGACUCCAGUUUCAGUGUUCCUAGUACCAUGGGUAUUGCUGAUGAACUGAAGGAUGAUUUCUACUUCAACCUUCUGGAUGACUUCCUUGGAUCGCAGACUGGCGAAUCAUUGGAUUUGGAUGAAAAGUGCUGCACAAACCGGCUUCUAGUUCAAGUCGGCUUAAUGAGAGAGGAUAAUAAUCUUUCAUGGAUGAAUGUAGUAAAAUGGCUUCAGAAGAUUUUUCCAGUGUUUCAAUCUGCAGAUUUUCGAGGUUUGAUUGAAAGGAAUACAGAAACAGCUAUGAGUUUAACUGGAGAUUCCAGAGAAAGUUUUUUGGCGUCGAAUGUUAACUUUGAAUUUGUGGGCCCUAUAUGUGAUAGCAUUGGCAUCGGCAGAACAGAUUUGCUUGAAAUGUCUGAUUUUUCUGAUCGUGCAAAGUUAACAGAUAUUACUAAUGGUCUGAUGCUAGAACUGACCAGCUUUAUUGAAAGAGAAAAACUCGACCCAGUUGUUCUAGUGUCAUGGCUUUGUAGCUUUGACUCUGACUUCUGCAGGGAUGGUAAAAUCCAUAAAGUCAAUAAACUCCUUAAGGCAAGUCUGAAAAGGUUCCGGAUACAGUGUCGAAAAAAUCAAACAAGACGAAACAGGAGCAGUGGACUGUAUGAUGAAUUCCUUCGGAGUCCAUUUCAUCUUACCCCCGAUCCCCUGGAAGACUACGAAUUCAGGAGGGGGUCGAUAAUCAAAGGGCAUAUGAGAAGGAAAAGUCUUUUAUUCCAGAGAAAACAAAAUUUCCCAACCACCCAGAUAAAGGAAGAAAGUGAACCUUUUGAUAUCUCAGACUCACAAGCAGAUUACAGUCAAAAGACCGUUUCACUCGGCUAUAGGAAAAACAAACGAAAGCUGAAAUUUGACAAUGACUCUGACCAGACAUUUGGCCUAGGAAAUGUGAAGAAGGAAGACCAUUAUCAUUGUCAGCCUGUUGAGCCCAUGUUUGACUUUGAAGACGAGACCAAGGUUGAUACGGGCGAUUGUUUGUCCAUCCUCGAUAUCGCUGUGCUGUCGUUGCAGAAACUUACAGAAAUGUAUGGAGGGCGAACUGAUGGUGCUAAUCUGGUGUCUAUGGAUCUCCUCAAGAAUCAGUAUGCUCUAAUGUUGAAAGAAGAUCUUAACAUGCAGUCCCUGAAUGAAAAGAUCUUGGCCUACAACUUGACUGAAAACCAACCUGUGGUGCCACCUUUGAAUUUUCUUCAUUGCAACACUCAUUUCCUUCUCAACUUUAUUGAUGCUGUUGAGAAGCAAAUCAUGUCAUUUGAAAGAGAAAUUGUGAACACUACAGGGGAUAAGCUUGGACGUGACAAAAACCCCAAAUUUAAAGGCUUUUUAAACUUUGAAGAGAGUGCUGUCACUCGGUACAUCAACAUGGCUUGUGAAAUCUUGUGUCCAAGAGGAGAAAGCAACAAUAAUUACAGAAGACACUGGCUUGCCUUUUGCGUCGAGAGGAAUAACCCUUCUAGGCUACCUGUCAAUCAGUCUAAUAGGUUCAUUAACUAUUUUGAGGCAGCAGCCGCACUUAUUCAUCAUUACAGUGAUGUUGCACUGUUUGUGUCUGACAUACAGCUACUGAAAGAUGACUCGAAUAUUUUUCUGGAGAGCAUUAAUUCUGAUGCUAGCGAUGAGGCCAUACAGGCUCUCCUCUGUGUGGUGGCAGUUGUGUACUGUAAAGUCUUGGGUCCCUUCUGGCAACUCCUGAAGAGUGAUGCACAGUACGUGUUGUUCAGCAAGUACCUUUACUGCCUUUAUGAGAAGCUUCUAGAGUGGUCCCAGGAUGCUUCUGUUCUCUUGCAACCUGAGGCAGUAGCUAAUGUAUUUCUCCAGGUUCCAAUGCAGGAGAAUAACUUUCCUGGGGUAUUUACUUUCUGCCAUGGAAAUGCAAAUAACCAGUAUGGGGCACUAAUGAAGGAAUGCUUACAGAGGAUGAUGAAGGUCAUUGCAUCUGUGAUGGAGGAAAAUCUCAAAGACUUCUUACCUGGAGGGUUGUACUGCAAAGAUCCUUCUGGGGAACUCAUGGAACAAUUCGCUAGCUGCAUGUUGUCCCAGUUGAUGGGCGAGUACCCGUUUGGUCAUGCGUACUCCUACAACAAAAACAGACCGGAUAAAGCCCAAGUGCAGUCCGAGGAUAUGUCGAAUGAUGAUUCGGAUGGCAAUGGUGCUGUCUCUUCUCCUCAGGGUCCUGCUGUCAAGAGGCGUUCAGCUUCAAAGCCUUACAUCAUGUUUGACCGAGCAAAUCUUCGACCGUUGAACAAAAUGAAAAAGAAGAGAUUGAACGAGUUGGCUGACAAAAGGCUGCAAAAAGUGAAAAUGCAAGACCAAAAUUACAAGAAAAAGGUCAUUGCUUCAGUCACAAAAAAUGGAGGCCCGUGUAAAAGCAUUCAAGAUGUUGAUCAACUGCUUCUGAGAAUGGAAGGAGCACACUAUGCUCAAAAGCGAGAGGCUGUCCGCUCUGAGUUAAACUACCUAAAGUUUGUCAUUGGUUGCAGAGACCAACGGCUGAACCGCUUAGGCUUCUCAUUGUCAGACCUGGUCAACAAACUGAAAGCCCUCUUGGCUUGUGAGAACCAGUCCACAAGCUUAAUCACCAAGCCGAAUAAACAUUAUGUUCUCCAUGUUGGGGGUGAGACAAAUCAGAGUAUUUCACAAUUUACACCACAGGAACAAGCCAUGAGUCAAUCGUCUCAUCCUUUCAACAGCAAAAUAGAUGUAAAGAAUAAAGGCAACUGUGUAAUCUUUCAGAGUUACAGAGAGACAACGUUCGAUGAAUUUUCACCUGGUUCAUAGAUUCGGGAUGCACUUUCAUCAUGAUGAUUCAUUCAUCGCUUUAUUGUGUAAGAUGUCUUUAUUGUAACAAAUCUUUUGUUUUCUAUUUUUUGUGGAAAAAAAUACAUAUAGGAGGUUUGUACUGCAAAGAUAUACAGUCAUGUGAAAAAAUAAGUACACCCCAUGGAAAUUGUUGGCUUCUUUGACAUAUUUAGACAAGCAAACAGUUGAUAAUUUUUAGCAGUGCCCAGUAAUGAAGUUGAUAUACCUGAACAAAACCACAAGGAAAAUAGUUUUUUUCAACGGAACUAUCAAUAGAUAUGUCCAUCCAUCCAUUUUCUAUAUCGCUUAUCCUUUCCUUCAGGGUCACAGGGAAACCUGGAGCCUAUCCCAGGGUGCCAAUCCAUCGCUGGGCACAAUCACAUACAUAUUCACACACCCAUUCAUACACUACGGACACUUUGGACACGCCUACCAUGCAUGUAUUUGGACUGGGGGAGGAAACCGGAGUACCCGGAGGAAACCCCCGCAGCACGGGGAGAACAUGCAAACUCCGCGCACACAGGGCCACGGUGGGAAUCAAACCCCCGACCCUGGAGGUGUGAGGUGAACAUGCUAACCACUAAGCCACCGUUAGCAGGUUCUAAUCACUGGACCCAAUCUCAAACAACUGAUUGGAAUUUUAUGGAUUUGAAGGUGUAGGGAUAUACUUACUUUUUCCCAUGUGACUGAUCUGUUUUUUGUUAAUUUACAUUGUAAAAAUUACUACAAAAUGUCAGUUGUAUGUCAUUUGAUAGUGUAACUUUAUUAAUAGUCACUGUUUCAAAGAGGAUCAAAUUUUUCACAGAGGUUCCGUUUUUAUAACAAUUAAAAAAAUUGAUGUUUUGUAAGUAUAGGAAUGGCUAAGCAAACCAAAUCAUAUUUCUGAAAGCUAUAUACAUGUAGACCUUUCUUCCAUUUGACCCCAAAGCCUUGUUCAGGUCUCCUGCUGAUUACUGUGGAGGUUUUUUGCAAAUUUUACAGGCAGUUAUGUUUUUAUUUCUAUUUGUUUGUUAUUUUUAUUCCAUUUUGGUAAUGUUUUUUGGUUCUGUGGUUUCUCAAUCUUUAAUCAUGUUUAUCAGGAACGAUUUCUUUUUACACUUUAUCAGUUCUGUGGAAAGACCUUUGAGCUUGCCAAUGAAAAUAAAAGAUUGUAAAAAAAAUUAGGCCAUGUUGUAACUUGUUUUUGGGAAAACAUUAAAUGAAAAUGAAAUUCUGUUUUGCAAACUAUAAAAGAGGUAUUUUUCAUGGGAGAUGCGAGCAUUUGCACCCAAAUAUCAAUAUAAAACUUGUCAGUACAUUUUGUUUUUCUGUCCCCUGCCA